AAAGAACCUUUCCCAUCAUACCGUCGCAUUACCUCGUUCGGCGUCAACAGUCUCAACAACCCCAGACUUCGAUCUUGGACUGGUCUCCCCAUGGAUGGUAGUCAUACUACUUCAAUUCCGAACGAGCGAGUCACUCACGAUCCCGAGAUGGCGACCGCACAGCAGCCGAGGGCACCGGCGCCUAUUCCAGCAAAGAAGGCAAAAGGCAAGAAGCCUGUCGAUCCAAAUGAUGCCGAACGGCAGGUCGUAGCUAGACUUGCACAAUUAGAGCAAGAUGCCGCUGGUGACAAGGAGCAAGAGGCAGAGAUUGAACGAGAAGUUAAAAAAGCCACCCGGGACCUAUCACACCUCCUAUCUAAGCUCGAAACGCCGAUGUUGAAGCUAGACACUGUUAACAAAAGGUGGCAAGAACUUUUACACGAUAUGAAAAGGUUGGAACGCGAGAAUGUGAAGGCCAAAAAGAAGUCAGAUCAGUUGCAGAAAGACAAAGACACUCAACGGACAGAACUGAACAAGGCGACUAUUGCAAGAGACAAGUUAGAAAAGAUAGCCAGAGAUUUUCAGAAGGAUAACAAGAAGCUAAAGGAGGAACUCGACCAUAUCAAGUCUCGCGAGACAUCCUACCGAGAGGACCUUCAUGAGCGACUCGAGGUCAUGGUUCGCGAUGUCGACGACGUUGUCAAAGCCAAAUUAGCUCCAGAACCGCCAGCUUCUGAUCUGAAACUUGACGAAAUUUUUCGGCAAAAGUUCAGAUCAUUUAUCGAUCAGUAUGAGAUGCGCGAGAUCCAAUUCGCAUCUUUACUUCGUACUAAAGACUUGGAGGUUGAGUUCUUGAGAGCCAAGUUUGAGCGACAACGGAAAGAUCAAGAAAUGGAAUCAAACAAGUCCAAUCAGCUCACAAGGAAAUGGAGGAAAUGUCGAAGAAGACGAAGCGCCUGGAAAAAGAGAACAUGGUCCUCACACGGAAGCAAGAGGCUGCUAGCCGCAGUAUCCUCGAUAUGGCAGAAGACAGGACCCAUCGACAAGAGGAUAUGCAAAGGCUUCAGAAACGACAUGAUCAACUCGAGAAGCUUUGCCGCAGCAUGCAGGCUCAAGGACGUGGCCAGGCGAGCAUUGCAGAGAUUGACGAGGACGUAGGUACUGAAAGUGAGUAUGAAGAUGGUGAUGAUGACGAGGAGUAUGGCAGUGAGGACUACGAUGAUGAGACCGAGGAAGAAGGGCCUGUGGAGCCCAGACCUAAGACGUAUGGGCCGCCACCACCUCCUCCACCUCAAAUGCAAUCGCAAGCUGUUCGAAACGGCAAGGUAAAUGGACACUUGGGGAAACCAAUGAAACAGGUUAAUGGCGUGAAGCAAUAGGUGCUCUGUGGAAAAUAAGUCUUUUAGACGAGUACAAGUCAAUUUGUCUAGCUACUCUGCCACUACCUAUAUGUCUCACAGCUGAUAAUAGCUUCCGGGGAUCUUGUUCUGGUUACCAUUGAAAAUCGAUACAUAUGACCA